GUUUUGCUGCAGUGAACGGUAGCUGUGGUGAGAGGAAAAGGCAAGAAAAACAAGAAGAAAGCGGAGGGCGGAACGAGAACCAAGAUUGAUCCACUGGGACCUUAGCGCGAGCGCCAGCAGGCAUAGACGGGUCCGACACUCUAAAACCUACGGAGCCAACGGGCAUCACGAGGAGUGCAUAUAUCGCCAGGGCUUCGGUGAGCUUCUUCACGUUUCCGGGACUCGACAGGAUUAUUAGUUCUAACGUACAGACAGCGUGACAGUAUGUCAUUCCAGCGGUCCGCUUUCAGGGCGCUCGUGGCCUUGACGAUGCUUCUCGCAACCUCGGUUCGAAGCAACAAUGAGAAGGAUGAGAUGCAUUUCCAGCCAGUGACCCAAGAUGAGACAGUGUCAGUGGGAGGAACAGUUACCCUGACCUGCAGCGUGAAGGAAAAUGAUAACUCCUCCCUCCAGUGGUCAAACACAGCACAGCAGACCCUGUACUUUGGAGAGAAGAGAGCACUUAAAGAUAACCGCAUCCAGUUGGUGAAGUCCACAGCCACAGAGCUGAUAAUCACCAUUGCAGAUGUUCAGCUGUCAGAUGAUGGAGACUACACAUGUUCCAUCUUUACCAUGCCUGUACGGACGUCACGGGCCACUGUUACUGUACUUGGUGUUCCAGGUAAGCCAGUGAUAACAGGCUUUGAAGAUGCUGUUCAGGAGGGCAGCAAAGUUACUCUCACCUGUACAAGUUCAGGCAGCAAACCUCCUGCUACACUACGCUGGUACCGUGAUCAUGAAGAGCUAAAAGGCCAUCCUGAAGUAGUGGAAUCCAACCCUGAUGAACCGACCUACACAGUAACCAGCGAGAUCACCCUCUCUGUCACCAGAAAUGAUAACAACGCCCUGAUCACCUGUGCGGUCGAUCACCCAUCCAUCACCAUUGGAGACAAGCAGACAGAGCAGCCACUCAGCGUCUUGUUUUCUCCAAGUGUGCAGAUUCAUCCUGAGAGUGAUCUGCCCAAAGAAGGGGAGAAGUUUUACUUGCAAUGUGUGGGAAACGGAAACCCAGAACCGACUGCAUUCGAGUGGGAAAAGAAAGACGGAGAGCUCCACCCAUUGGUGAAGGUGGACGGUGCGUUCUUGCGAUUCGAAUCCCUCAACAAGUCGGAUAAUGGCAUUUAUCGGUGCCUGGCUGAUAACGGGAUCGACAGGCAGGAUGGAUCCUACACCCUACUAGUGCAAGACCAGAGAGAUCCAGAACUACUCCUCCUCACCUCUCCUCCUUUUCUCCCUACAUCCUCUCUUACAUCUCUUCCUCAUUCCUCUGUUUCCCCCUCUACUGAGGGUAAAACUCUUCCUCCUUUCUCCUCUUCCACUUCUGUACCUACUGUAUAUACUCAAUCUAUCUCUUCCACGCUCGCUCCUUCACCCACUCCCUCUCUCCCUCCUUCUCCUGAAAUUCCCACCAAUUCCCUAUCCAACGCUCUCUUCCCUGAUAUUUCUCUUCCGCCGUCCUCUGUUCCUACUCGUACCCCUUUGUCACCCCCAUCAUCACCUACUGUCACUCCUUCAUCUGUCCACAAGCUGAAUGGAGUGUACACUUUUACAGAACCCGGAGAGAAUGCUGCAGACCCCACAGCGAUGCCCACCUCCUCAGGAGUAGACCAUGCUGUGAUCGGUGGAGUGGUCGCUGUCAUUGUCUUCAUCAUGCUUUGUCUCCUCAUCGUCCUCGGCAGAUACCUAAUCAGACACAAAGGUACAUACCUGACUCAUGAGGCGAAAGGUUCUGAUGACGCUCCAGAUGCAGACACAGCCAUCAUUAAUGCUGAGGGUGGCCACUCUGGGGUAGACGACAAGAAAGAGUACUUCAUCUAGAGAUCCAUCCCUCCGUACCCUCUUCCUUCACAUGCUUCUGUUCACUCAGCCUGACAGGGGGAUGGCAGAAGAAAGAGGGAAUAUGUGUGAGGGAAAAAACAAAACAAAGUGUUGACCUGUUGGAACUUUAGAACCUCAAAUAAGCUUCAACACGAAAGACAGGGAAGUGAGAGUUAUGCACUGACGUGUGGGCUAAUUUUUUCUUUCUCUCUCUCUCUCUCUCUCUCUCUCUCUCUUUCUCUCACUCACACAUACACACACACACACACACACACACAUGGGUUCAUAAAACUUACACACACACACACACACACACACACACACACUCGCCAUGCCUGCAUUACCAUAAUCACACAUGAGUAAACACACAAGACAAACCUAAAACUAUAAAAUAAAUAUUCACAAAGGCAAUAUGACAGUGACCACUCCUCUCUCAACUCCAAUGAUUCCUUUCAAACGGUCCAGAUCAAACACACAAGCACUGUGGCACAUGCAAACAGUGACAUACAUGCAUGAACUUUCUGUACCCAAAACUGCUGAAACACACACCAUGAAAUACAAGCAACUAAAAUCAAAGACAAUAUCCCAAUAUCACUGACAGACUCAGACAUGCACACACUCACAUAUCACCCCAGUGUUACGCUAUAAUACACUCAGACUCAUGCACACACACACACAUAAAAUACUAAAUACAUGCAAACUACAGUAUUACACUACAAACAGAACAACCAGGCAAAAACAGCAGCCCGGCAGUCAUUGUACGGGACCCCAAUACAAAAUUAUAAAUAUAUAUAUGAUUAUAUAGCAUCAUUUUUACUCAGUGUGCUGUAAAUAUAACUCUCUCUCUCUCUCUCUCUCUCUCUCUUUCUCUAAAUUCACUGUAUGAUAUUGCGGUAUAUACUCUCCGAGCCUGCCUGGUUUUCUUACAUGCGUGGAAAUGCAGAGUUAUAAAAAAAAAAAAUGAUCUGGACUAUAGAAAAAAAAAUAUGGUGUUAUGAAACCUUAAGUAAUAUUUGUAUGAAUUAUGUUCUCUUCAAGUUAAUUUCUGGUGUUUACUGUUGGUGCAACAGUCUAGUGUCAUCAGCUCAUCAGCCUGGGAAGAUAUUAUUAUUAGUAUUAGUAUUAUUAUUAUGAGGUUUCACCUUUGUUAUUAGAAUGCACUGAUUUUCCUUGUAUCAGUUACAGUGAUUAGCUCACUCACACCACUUUCAGGAAGGAAUCGGUUCUGUUCUUCAGUAGCAGAUCAUUCAGAAAAAGCAGGGUAAAACAAAUCAGACUACUGCUCUUCAUCUCUCUCACUCUCUCUCUCUCUCUCUCUCUCUCUCUCUCUCUCUCUCUCUCUCUCUCUCUCUCUCUCUCUCUGUCUGUC